AUGGGCACUUUGAUGGACAAAAAACUGCCUUCAGAUCCCUCUUGCGUAGCUUCCUCAUCCACAGAUUUUCCAUGUCAAGAUUCUCAAAACGAGAACCAAGAACUGAGUUUCAAAGACGAAGAAGCAGGCGUUAACGAUUCAAGUCAAGAACUCAAUCUCAUCGACUGCAUAGACUCGAGUAUCGAUGCUAAGCAGAGUUAUAACGUAUCUACGACAUCCACAGAACAAAAGCUCUUCUCAUGCAACUACUGUCAAAGGACUUUCUAUAGCUCACAAGCACUUGGUGGUCACCAGAACGCACACAAGAGAGAGAGGACGUUGGCAAAGAAAGGGAAACGGAUGACAGCAUUGGCCUCGGCUUUUGUACACCCUUACGCCUUCUCUCCAGUUCCUUUCCAUGGAAACUACAACAACAUGUCUUUGGGAAUUCAAGCGCAUUCGAUGAGCCACAAGUUAAGUUCAUAUAAUGGGUUUGGUGGCCACUAUGGUCAGAUCAACUGGUCAAGACUACCAUUUGAUCAACAACCAGCAAUAGGUAAACUGUCUUCAAUGGAGAAUUUUCAUCAUCAUUAUCAUCAGGAGCAGCAUCAUAUGAUGAUGAUUGAUCCUUCAAUUAAUUCACGGUCCAGUAACAUCCAUAUACCAUCGAGCAACAUAGGAAAGAUUCUGGUAGGGUUACCGAUGACUCUUGAACAAUGGCGAGAACACGGAGGAUUGUUAAGCACUAAUCAGGAAGAGCAACAUAAGCUUGACUUAUCCCUCAAGCUCUAA